AUGCAGCCGCUGCUGGUGGCCUGCGUGGCCCUSGGCUUCCUCGCAGGGAGGAAGGCCGAGGAGUCAUGCGGUGCCGCCCCRGCACCGGCCCGCUCGGCCUUCGCGCCGCGCCUCAGCGCCGAGGAGGCCCAUUCGGCCCACAUGCCCGAGCACCUGCGCUGCGACGCCUGCCGCGCCAUCGCCUUCCAGAUCCAGGAGCACCUGGGCAAGGCGGAGGCCAAGCGGUCGCCGGGCAGGAAGGYGGGCGCCGAGCUGCGCGAGUCCGAGUACAUGGAGGUGCUGGAGAAGAGCUGCACGCAGAGCUGGGACGGCUAUGGCGUCAUGGAGGUGGAGGGGGUGAAGCGCCUCACAGGGCCAGGGCUGCCCAACCAGGAGUCCGUGACAGUGAUAAUGUCCGGGGGCCCGUGGCCGGGCAGGUUGCACAAGAUGUGCCACGGCUACGUGGGCGAGCUGGGCGAGGAGCAGCUGUACCAGGCACACCGCCGCGGCGCCGCCGCGCUGCAGGAGCUGCUGUGCCACGGCACCAAGGGCGCCUGCACCGCGCUGCACCGCGCCGGCCACGCGGCGCCCGCCAAGGCGCCACAGAACGAGCUGUAG